AAAGUUAGUUGGCGGUGCUUGCGCGGCAAAUUGCCCACACUUAUUUAAUUGGUUUCAAUGGCUUCUCAGGAACCCAACGACCAAAUCCCUAAUUCCCUCUCUUCAAUGGCUUCUCAGGAACCCAUGUACCCGCAAGUGAUCGACCCGGAUUUCGAAAAUCCCUUCUAUCACUCGCCUUCUUCCUCCCACCCGGCUCCUAUGUACCCCGUCGUAGACACCAAGGAUGCGGAGAAUCUUUUUCCUGGCCGUGGGAAUCAUCCUCAUUCCCCGUCUGCCCCUCCGGAGGCCGUUGAAGAAAGCCUCCUCGUUGUACCGGGCACGAUCCUCCACUUGAUUGAUAAACAGUACUCGGUCGAGCUUGCCACCGGCGAAUUGUUACUGCACCGUCUUCGCCAGGGGAACAGCACCGUUGCUGUCUUCGCCAGGGUCGCAGAUGACAUCCAGUGGCCCUUAACCAAGGACCUGGCCUCUGUGAAGCUUGACCAUUCACAUUACUUCUUCUCCUUUCGAGCUCCUAGCCAGGAUGGUGAUUCAGAUUCUAGUGAUGAGGAGGAGAAAGGAAAGGGGAAGAAGAAAGAGAAGCUCAAAGAAAAAGAAAAAGAUGUGGGGAAUGACGUGUUGAACUAUGGGCUUACAAUUGCUUCCAAAGGCCAGGAUAAUUUGAUCAAAGAGCUUGAUAAAAUUCUGGACAGUGUUACCAGCUUCUCCGUUCAGAGGGUGGAGGAAAAGGCGUUUGAGGUUUUGGGAGGUACAGUGGCCCAGGAGGUCUCCCCUGCUGAAUUGGAGUUAGAGAAUAAGAAGGAGGUGUUGGAGGAGAGGUGUGCAGCUUAUUGGACAACUUUGGCGCCCAAUGUGGAGGAUUACAGUAGCUCAGCUGCGAAAUUGCUGGCUUCCGGGUCAGGGAAGCUGAUAAAAGGUAUCUUGUGGUGCGGUGAUGUCACUGUGGAUAGAUUGAAGUGGGGGGAUGAGGUUAUGAGGAAUAGGGUUGCCCCUGGUUCCAAUGCCGAGGUUAGUCCUCAGACCAUGAAAAGGAUCAAAAGGGUAAAAAGGGUGACAAGUAUGACUGAGAAAGUGGCUAGCGGGGUUCUUUCAGGAGUUGUUAAGGUUUCAGGGUUUGUUACCAGCUCUGUUGCUAACUCCUCAGUAGGAAAGAAGUUUUUCAGCCUCUUGCCUGGGGAAAUGGUACUUGCCACACUGGAUGGAUUUAGUAUGUCAAGCGGAUCUCUACUUUUAUUUCAAAUGUUGUUUCUACACCUUUUAAGAUCCAUAACCUUUUCCUCUUGAUUACUUUGGCAGAAUAUGUGAUGCUGUUGAAGUAGCAGGAAAGAAUGUGAUGUCAACAUCGUCAACUGUGACAACUGGACUAGUCUCUCACAGGUAUGGGGAUGAGGCAGCGAAGGCAACAAGUGAAGGGCUUGAAGCUGCAGGGCAUGCGAUGGGGACUGCCUGGACCGUUUUCAAAAUCAGAAAAGCAUUAAACCCUAAAAGUUCUCUGAAACCCACUACUCUAGCUAAAUCUGCUGCCAAAGCCGCUGCCUCUGAGUUCAAGGCCAAGAAGAAUUCCAAGUAACUAUGACCCACACUUGUGUAAGAUAGAGUUGUUCACUUGUUCCUAACUUGUAAACCCUUUGAUUUUCCAGCGUCAUAUAGAUUGUUGAUGUUUUUUAACUUCUACACUAAGCUGCUGAAGUUCAUAUUUGUUGAAGCCUUUAGUGUGUGUUACCACUAUCAUUAUGAGGUUUUCUUGAAGUCAUCUCCAGAACUCUUCUAGAUUAGAAUGAAAUAUUGACUCUGAACACAUACUUGUAAACUAAUAGUUGUUUUUACUGGAUCUCCCAAUCAAUCUGAUAUUUCAGUGGAACUGUGCAAGCAUUACUAUGUUAAUAGAGAGGACCAUGAAUAUCAA